AUGAAUUUCUCCACUAGCUACUGCGUUUUGCUUGCCUUUGUCGUUUUAAACCUGGUCAAUCUUGGUUCUGCUGCAGAUGUGAUGUGCUCAUGGAGCUUUCAUAGCACCGCAAAAUCCGUUUGCAGCGACGGCAAUUUUAAAUACACUUUUCCAAAUUCAGCAUGUCACCGCACUAAACCAAACGAACUUAGUCCGGGCGUCGAUUGUGUGCGGGGCCGCGACAACAAGGACCCUCCCGAGGGCCUCACGUGCGAGUUCUAUGACUUGAUAUAUCACAAAAAUUGGCAGCUCAAUUAUUAUGAUUGUGGUAACGUCCCUACAGACCCCGCCCAGAGGACAGCAGAGUAUAAAUGUAAAGGUGUGAAUAACAUUCAAGAAUGUCACGGUGACUAUCUCGCCAGGGAGCAACUACCUCCGAUCAUCACGAAGUAA